AUGUUCUUGCUUAUCUUUCUAGUCUGUCUGAUGAGCCAAACACUAGUCACUGAUUCGCUAUUCGACAAGCUACGGGUGCAUGUUGUCAACAGCUUCCAAAACGAGACUCUCGAAGUUCAUGGUAAAUCCAAGGACGAUGAUCUCGGGCUUCACCAUAUUCCCGUGAAUCAGGAAUUCAAUUGGCAUUUUUGGAUUGCCAUUUUAAAGAAAACUCUCUUCUUCUGCGAUACGUGGUGGAGGGGUGGAAAAGCCAGUUUCCAUGCCUUUUCUGCCGAAGAAGGUUUUCUCAAGUUUUGUGGUGAUGGAAAUUGCAUGUGGAGAGCAAAUGAAGAUGGGAUGUCCUUGCUUGAUUAUCACCACCAACAAUAUCAUCUCAUGCAUAGAUGGGAAUCAUCCUAA